AUGACUGAUGCUGAUCAUAUUGCAAAGAGCUACCACCAAAAACACAGGGCAGACGUAUGUGCCCUCGUCCGCCACCACUGCCGCCGAAAAAGAUGCCGAGUACUGGCGACGACCACCACUCUCGGCGGAGUAUGCGAGAAACUCGAAGUUCCGGUCGUCGUGGGCAAAAACAAGUCCGAGCAGCGGUUGACACAUAUCGCCGAUGUGUUUAUUGGCCGGUGGACCAGUAACAGGAUUAACACAGCUUCUUUCACUGUUGCUGUAUGGCGCCGUCGACGUGGUGAUUCAGAGGGUGAGCGCUUACCUCGUGAUCUGAGGAAUGUGAUAGGUACGACUGUGAAGUGUCCGUUAGAAGAAAACGACCGAUGUCGAGGACAAGGACCAAAAUCAAAACCGUUCCUUCCGCUUUAG